AUGAGUACAACAUCCUAUAUAAAUAAAAUUAAAGGAGAAGCGCCAGUAACGAUACAAGAAGAUUUGAGGAAUUUGGAGGAUUAUUUCAAUAAGCGCUUAUACCAUCAACUCACAAAGACUUUGAAAGGUUUGAUACAAAAGGAUGAAAUAUCAAAAUACUUAGUGGGACUAUGGAACAAUUUCAUUACCAGUUUCAAAGACAAGCUUAAUCAGCUUCGUUUGGUCGAGAUUGGUGUGCGGGUUGCUCAGCAAAUGGACCCACAAGAAUCAUUGAGCUUCUUGCAAUCAUUGUUGGGCUCACUUCCAACCCCAAGAGCUGCACUCUCACCUUCCCUCAAACCAAGCACAGCUAAACCAUUCGAUGAAGAACAAUCACCAACUAAAACUGAAGCUGAGGCUUACGUUUUGGCUAGAAUCUCAAUCGCUCAUUAUGACCUCUUGCUUGGAAAUUUAGAUAAGGCAAAAGAAGCAAUGGACGUUUGUGAGCGUACUUUAGAUUCAAUGGACGGUGUCGAAGCUAGUGUAACAGGAGCUUGGUUGCGUGUUAGCGGUGAUUUUUACAAGUCUAAGGCCGAAUAUGCAGCAUUCUACCGUACAACCUUGUUGUACAUCUCAUGUGCUGGCUUAGAUCAACUUGACAAAGUUGAACAGAUUCAAAAAAGUCAUGAUUUGGCUAUCGCUGCUUUAUUAGGCGAUACUAUCUAUAACUUUGGUGAAUUGUUAACUCAUCCUGUCUUGAAUGCUUUGAAUGGUAGUGAUCUAGAAUGGUUGAAGGACAUUAUCUACAUUUUUAAUGAAGGUGACAUAGCAAAGUUCGAGCUCAACGCAAACAAGUUAGCAAAUGAGUCUAUUCUUCAAGAAAGUCAGGCUUUCCUUCGUCAGAAGAUAUGCUUAAUGGCAUUAAUCGAAUGUAUCUUCAAGAGAUCAUCAAAAGACCGCGUUUUGUCAUUCUCUACCAUUGGUGCUGAGACAAAGUUACCGUCAGAUGAGGUUGAACAUUUGAUUAUGAAAGCAUUGUCGUGA